AUGUUUUCGUUUCGUCAAGUUUCGGCGGCAAGAUGUUGGGAUUUACCAGAUUUUUUAAGUGAUGCAAAGAUAUUAGCAAAUUGCGAGACAAAAAUCAUUAACCCGAAAUCAUUGACCGGAAUAAACCUAAAUCAAGUAGCUUCCAUGUUUGAUAUAAAAUUUACUUGUUUAUCAAAUGAUCAGGUUUUAUGUGAUAAGGUAUUAAAUUCUUAUAAUAAAGCGGGGGAAAUAAUAAGUUCAACGUGGAAAUUAAAUACUCCUAUAACGAUCAAUGCAACCUUUGGAGAUUUGUGCGGUCCAACCUGCGGAACGAGUGAGAUUGGACCGAUAGGUGCAGCGGGUCCAGCGAGGUUAAUCGAGAUGAAAGAUGAUGAUGGAUUGAUAAGGUUAUACCCUCAGGCUUUGAUAAAACAAUUUCAAUUAAAGAAAGCACCCGAAUUUUCUGAAUUUGAUAUAAAUGCGGGAUUUAGCUCGAGGGCAAACUUUUGGUUUGAUGGGGACCCACAAAUAUCUCCCAAUCAGACGGAUCUUGUUUUGGUCGUCGUGCAUGAAAUGAUUCAUGGGUUAGGGUUCGCCAACUCUUGGAGGUAUCCAUUUGAGAUGAACCCAAAUACUCAAAUAGAUUUCCUCACUCCCAUCUUAUUAACCGAAGAAGUGAAUGGUAAGAUAAUAUUUGAAGGGUUUCAAGAAUUGGCAUUUGAUAGGUAUUUGGUAUUCUUACCUUCAGGUAAACCACUUACGUCAAUAACAACGGAAUUAAAUAAAUUUGCUGGUAAAGGAACAAAAUUUUCAUCCGUGGAUGCCUUCUUGAAUAAAUGGCUUAAUUCAGUCCAAUACGAGUUGGCCAAAUCAGUUUACAUCGCUGCUACGACUCCACUUGGAAUAGGAUUUUUACCGAGAGGUUUAUCGGAUUUAAAUUACGCGAUCCCAUUAGAAACCUCAAUCAAAUAUAGGGUUGGUUCAAGUAUAGGUCAUUUGGAUUCAAGCACUUAUAAUAAUACUGCGGAUUUCCUGAUGAAAUUUGUCGCCACCAAAGGUGCGACUUAUGAGAAUCUCACUAUAAUUAAUGGGAAUCACAGUGAAAUUAUUGGUCCUGCCACAAGAAGUAUUUUGGAAUCCCUUGGUUAUUCUUCCGAUAAUAAUCUUGAUCCUUAUAGGCCCAAAGUUGCUGAAUCAAAUGAUGCUCCUAAAAAAGUCAACCUUCUUACAUCCCUCACCUUAAUUUUCUUUUCUUGUAUCAUAAUUUUAAUCUUUUAA